AUGUGGUUAUCAAAAAUUCAAAGUCGUAGAAAGAAUGCUGCGGCAAAGAACAAGCAGACGGCAGCCAGGAAAACCAAGAAGAAGGGGAAGACAAACAGAAAUGAACAAACAGACAACAGUAAGUUUUAGAUGCAAAGGCUUUUAUUGUAUGUUCUGUUUCAGACACUUUAACAACUUGCUGUAUUCAUGUUAAAGAGGCUAAUUAAAUUUUCUGAAAGCUUAGAAAUGCUUAAAAAAGGAGUGACUUUUUCAAUGUCAUGCAAGGCUAUAAUAAUUUGAGUUAAAACGUAUUAACCUUCCUUGCUUUGUUUUUAAAAACUUGCUUCAGGGUUAUUCUGUUCUCAGCAGUUAUUUACAAGAAGACUUGCUUUAAUAUGUUUUUUGGUGUUUUGGUGAUAGGCCACUAAUCACUAUUGCUCCUAUUUCUCCAGCACAUACUGAGGACACAGAUGAUGUACACUGCCUCUGCAUGCAACCUUGGGGUAAUAGGUAAGAGGGAUUUCUUAGAAAUUUUUCAGUUACAUUCAUUGGAAACUUCAAGGAGAACAAAAACACUGUUAAGGGUUUGUCCUAUGAUGCUUUUCUGCAAAAACAGUCAAAGUCUGGCUUUGUGUCACAUUCCAGGCAAUGUCAAACCACUGUGCUCUUAGAUAAUAUUGAUGCCAAAAUAAUUGUUUAUCUUUAUUCAGGUUCAUGAUCCAGUGUGAUGUUUGUGGAACAUGGCACCAUGGCUCUUGCGUGGGGGUUUCUGAAGAAGAUGCGGAUGCGAUGCCUGAGUAUUAUUGUGAUAUGUGCUCCACUUGA